GAUAAACUAUUAAAAAUUAUGUUUAUUAAAACUUAACGAUUUUUCAUGUUUGAAAAUUCUUUUAUUAUUAAAAUUUGAUGUUUUAUUCAUAUUUCAAGUUUAAUCGUUAUUAAUUCAAAUUUUGUACAGAUAAUUAUAAUGAAUCCUGACUCUGAUGAUAACCGAAUGAUAAUCGGCGAACCAUUGGCCAACAUAAAUAAAUUAAAGACUUCUGAAAACAUGAACAUUAGUGUCGCAUUCAAAGAAAUUGUUAAUAAAAACUCUCCUAAAUUUACAGAACUUUGUGAUGUAGUUAAUAAUACUUUUGAUGGUAUUGUUAAUUGUGUAAGUCUUGAAGAAUUCAAACAUUUGCUUUGUGAAAUUUCAUUUUUAAAAAAUAAAAAUAAUGUUACAAGACUUUUUUCUACUUUGAAAACAAACAUUUAUAGUACCAUGAAUAAACAAUUCGAAGAAAUAACUCAAGAUGAAAACUUGGCAGAAUUAUUUUCUAACAAAAAAUCAUUAACUGAAAUGGAAGCUGAGAAGUAUGUUAUAGAUGACGAUUCUUUAGAAAUCAUUGCCUUAGAAGAGUCUUUGAGCAAACUUGAUAAAAAAAUUAAUGAAUUAGAAGAAACUAAUGAGAUUUUAUUUAAUCAAGGAAAAUUUAACAAACAAUGUUAUAAUCAAUUAGUUGAUAGAAUAGAUAAUCUUAUGAAAAAUUGUGAAACUAAAUAUGGAGAUUUUGAACAACAAACAGAUCUCAUAAGGAAAGAAUUUGCCAAUUUAUUAAAAGACAUUUGAAAAUUAAUUUUAUUAAUAAAUUGUUUUAUUUAAACAAUUAAUUUUAUAUGUAAAACAUUAUAAACGAUUAAUUAAAUUAAUAUUUUUAUUGAUAAGUAAUUUUUACUAUUGAUUUAAUGAAUUUAUCUUUUACAAAUAAAUUAUUUAUCUUUAUUA